AUGGACCCAACUAAAAGUCAAAUUAGAUGCAAGGAGCGCCGUGUUCGAUGCGACCAGAAGAAGCCAAGCUGCUCAGCCUGCCAGAAGCUUGGUCUCGAGUGUGCAUGGCGACCUGUGCCGACCGCGCUUCCUAUCUCUCUCAGUAACGACGAGCUGAGGAGCUUUCAAUUCUACCGCGAGAAUACCGCUCACGACUUACGCGGCUAUGUUGAUGAUGGUUUCUGGGGAGCUAAUCUGCUCCGAAUGAGCCAUGGCAGCAAGUAUCUCGAACACUUCAUCGUUUCUUUGAGCAGCCUUGAUGAAGCCUUCCAUCUGCGAACGCAACCCAACCAGAUUGGUCUGGCUUUGCAGAGGUACAGGUUCAGUCUCGACCAAUAUCAAAUCGCGAUAGGGGGCCUUCUUGGCGAUAUCGCGCAUCCUUCUGAGAUGGCUGUAGUGCUGGCCGCUUGUCUGGUGUGUAUUGCAAUCGAGUUGUGGCACGGCAACAACCACCAAGCACGGCAACAUGCCAAGGCGGGCUUCAAUAUCUCCAGCAGUCUAGAUCUGAUCCCGGCAAAAGGACACACCUCUCCAACUAGCCCGAUGUUGGAGACCCUGCUGCCCAGCCUCUUUCGAUUCUGUGCCGAACUGGGUCUGGAUGUGAACGACUCGUUCCGGAAGUUCUCCUGUGUGCAUCAGCAAAGUUCCCUCAAGCAGCUUGCUUCACAAGAGCUGGCAGAUGCCAGCGACAUCCACGCCAGGUUUUUUCAGCUCCUGGACGCCUACAUAUCCGAGGCGCAUAACACAGUCCUCGAGAGCGGUCUUGGUGAAGCUUACCGAUUUAUUGAGCUCCUUGAUCAGUGGUACGAGCGGAUGCAUACGUCGACACAGAAGAAUCAACAGCUCCCCCGAAGUUAUCAUCUGUUGGCGGGUCACUACCACGCCGUGCGGGCAAUGCUGGUAGCUAUCACCACGGAUGAUGAGCUUGAAUACGAUGCUCAACUCGAAGACUUCCGGAAAAUCCUUGCGCACUGCACCGAAUUUCUCCAGUUGAAACGCAGCAAACCUCGUAGCCUCAAUACGCGCCGGUCACCAGAUGCUGCGGUGAACCUCAUGCUCUUGUUCGUCGCCAUCAAAUGUCGGCAGCCGGGUAUCCGACGUCAAGCGGUUCGCUUGAUGUACCGUGCCCGGCGGCUCGAAGGGUUAGUACUUCCCAAAGGAUGCGCAUCGGAGAGCGGGAUGCUCGCUAUGCGUCUCGUGAAACACAGUUUCAAAUAA